AAAACUUUGAUCUUCGCGUAACCAUCAGUUUAUCACUUAUACUGAAUUUUCAUAUGUACUUAAUUUAAGUGUGGCUGCAGUAAAAGUUGAGUUUUAUCGCGUCAAUGACUUGAGAAGAAAAUUUCAACAUGGAAGUUGCUAUAGUGGGGUGCGGUUAUUCAGGUUUAUCGGCAAUCAGAAGAUGCGUCGAAAUGAAUAUAAACUGCGUGGCUUUCGAAUUAUCCGGCGAAAUUGGUGGACUUUGGGUAUAUACAGAAAAUAUAGGAACGGAUGAAUUUGGGAUUCCGAUUCAAACCAGUUUAUACCAUAGUUUGCGAACGAAUUCUCCUAAACAAACGUUGGAAUUCCCAGAUUUUGAAUUUGUAACUGAUGAAGAUACAUGUUAUCCACGCCAUUACGAAGUUCGUAGAUAUUUAAAUCAAUUCGCAAGACAUUUCAAUUUGCUGGAACACAUUCGAUUCCACCAUUUAGUAACAAAAAUAAGUCGUACAAGCGAUAAAUGGAUGAUAGAAAUACGAAAUUUAAAAUCUCAAACAGAAGAAAAAUAUUUCUUUGAUUGUGUAAUGAUUUGCAAUGGACAUACUACGAAACCUUUCAUACCCAAAAUUGAAGGUAUUGAAUCAUUCCCAGGAACACAAUUACACAGUCAUGAUUAUCGACACUCGAAUAUUUUCCUAGACAAACGUGUGCUUGUCAUCGGAAAUGGUGCAUCUGGUAUAGAGAUAGCGUCGGAAUCUGCUUCAGUUUCCAAACAAACAUAUUUAACACAUCGAGAUAGUGAUAAGAUAUGCUUCAAUCCGAAAAUUAUAUGGAAAAGAGACGUAAAAAUUAUUCGAGGAAGUAAUGUGGAAUUUUUAGAUAACUCGAAUGAGGAUAUUGACAUGAUUGUAUAUUGCACUGGUUACGAAUAUUUCUACCCAUUUUUGGAUACGACUUGCGGCAUCACAGUCGAAGAUGGUCAAGUACUAAAACCUCUUUUUAAACAUUACAUAAAUAUUGAGCAGCCCACCAUGUGUUUUAUAGGAUUAUUUCAAAGAACAAUCAUUUCGUAUUUAUUCGAUUUACAAGUUCAAGCAUUUUUAAAAUUUACGAAAGGAAUAAUCAAAUUACCACCUAAAGAUGUAAUGCUGAAAUGUUUAGAAAAAAUUGAACGAAAACACGAGCAAAGAAUUCCAAAAAAUAGAUAUUAUCAUUUAUCUUCUAACAUAGUGGAAUACUUUGAUGAUAUUUGCGAAUAUGCUGACUUGCCAAAAAUAUCUCCUGUCCUUUUCAAAAUUUUCAGAGUAAAUGAAAGGACAUAUACGGAUAAUUUUUUCAAUCUUCGAAGAUUAUACUUCACAAUUAUCGAUAAUGACAAUUACACAUGUGAAAUGAGAAAAAGUACUGUGUUCUUUAGUUUUUUCAACUCGAAACGAAGUAUGUACGAACAGCUGACAUCUAAAUGUGAUAUCAUUCUGAAUUACGUAUCGAAUAUGAGAAUUGGAAUCAUCGGUGCAGGAGUGGCUGGAUUGGCAGCUAUUCAAAAAUCUUUACAAUUUAAUGUGGAAUGUGUUGCUUUUGAAAUAACGAACAAUGUUGGUGGCACUUGGGUGUGUUAUGAAGAAAUCCGCGAUGAAUAUCAAGAUCAUGUACCAAUUGCUAUGUAUCCUUCACUUCGAACUAAUUUACCUACACAUUUGAUGGAAUUUCGAGAUUAUAAAUUUAAACCAGAAAGUGGACGCUGUUUCCCAAGUCGUGCUGAAGUAUUGCAGUAUUUGAACGAUUAUGCUCGUGAUUUCAAUCUUUUCCCACGUAUAAAAUUUUCUCAUAAAGUAACCAACGUGUCUCGAAAAAACUCAGAUUGGAUUAUCACAGCGAAAAAUCUUGAAAAUGGCGAUUUCAUCGAAGAAAAAUUUGACGGUGUCAUGAUAUGUUCCGGUCACUUUGCGGCUCCGAAGUAUCCGGAUAUUCCUGGAAUGGAAACUUUCCCUCACAAAAAGACACACAGUUGCUAUUACAGAACAAACGAUUCGUAUGAGGGAAAAGUUGUACUUCUUGUUGGACGUGGAGCAUCAGGAUUGGAUCUUUGUCGUGAAAUAGCUUUGGUAGCUAAAAAGGUCAUUCUAAGUCAUAACGGGAAACCUUUGAUUAUCGCUCCGAAAAACAUUAUUCAAAAACCUGGCGUAAACAAAAUUCUUAAGAAUGAAAUAUUUUUUGCUGAUGAUACGUCAGAAAUGGUCGAUGCCAUAAUCUGGUGUACAGGUUUUUUGUACAGUUUUCCUUUUCUGGAUUCAACGUGUGAGAUCAACAAUACACGUAAUAUGGUAUUUAACCCUUUGUAUAAAAAUUUCAUCAACGCAAAGCAUCCAACCAUGUGUGUUAUCGGACUGCUGCAAAGAACCAUCGUCUUUCAGUUAUUAGAUUUGCAGGCUGAAGUAUUCAUCAAAAGUAUUUGUGGACUUGCUCAAUUGCCACCAGUCGAAAAAAUGAUAUCUGAAGUCGAGAAGGAAAAGGAAGAAAAAUUGGAAGCUAACGUCGAUAUUACCCGUUAUUAUCAUUUGGGAGCUAAAAAGGAAAAGCAGUAUUUCUAUGAACUUUGUGAUUUAGGUAACUGUCAACCUUAUCCACCGGUAAUCUUCGAUAUGCAUGAUAAACAUCGUGAACUUUUUGUAAACGAUUAUGAUAAUUUGAGAAAUAAUCAUUUCGAAAUAGUCGAUGAUCACUCAUUUACUUGCUGUUCAACUGCAAGUCAGUGCAAGUCAGUUUGAUACGAAAAAAUUAAAAAAGCGGGUCAUUACCUACAUCUAAUUAUCAUUGAUUCGUGAAUUUAUAUGAUAUCAGUUGAGAGCUCUACUCGCUUCAAUUAAGCCAAGUUAUGAGUUUUUAUUUCUGAGAACCGAUCUGAUUCAACAGUUGUAAACUUGAAGGAGUGAGGUAGAAACUGUAGAUGGAUUUUGAUGAUGUGUUUCGUGAACACAGAAAUCAGACACUCCUAUCAGCUUAUGGAAACUUAAUAAACUUUCGUGAUAAUAAAUAGAUUACGAAUCAUCAAAAUGAUAUGAGGAGCUUGGAAUCAAAACUCACUUUUGCCAUCGGACAAAGUUUCGAGAAAAUCGACAAUAACUGAUUUCGCCUAGUGCGUUGAUGAAAAAAACGGCGCUAAGUGUGUCAAGCUCUUGAGUAAGACUACUAAAUAGGAUUCCAUGAGAAAAUUUUUUUUUCAAGUUGCCAUAUCGUUGCAGUAUGGCUAUCAAGUUUGGCAAAAGUGAGUUUUGAUUCCAAGGUGGGGUAAUUUUGCUUUCUUUUGCGAAUAUAUCGAAAAAUAAGCUUCCUGGAAGAAAACUAACGACAUUAUGUCGAUUGGAAAUUUAAUUCUCUACAAUUCUCCUCGACCUGAUUUUUUCGUAGAAUGCUUUGUUCCGUCUCCAGACAGCUUUAAAAGUUUUGAGCGCUGAAUUUUUCCAAAAAUUAUACUUUCUUUUGCAAAUAUAUCGAAAACUAAGCACCCUAGAAAAAAACUAACGACAUUAUGUCGAUUGGAAAUUUAAUUUUCUACAAUUUUCCUUGACCUCAUUUUUCUGUAGAGUAUUUUGUUUCGCCUCCAGAGAGCUUUAAAAGUUUUGAGCGCUCAAUACAUUCAAUUUUUUACCUCCUCAGUUGCAUCACUUCCAAAUUCAAAACUACCAUUUUCGGUAUUUUCACCAUCACAAAAUGCUUCCGAAGUUACAAUUGAAUUAUUUUGGCUUUGUAGACUGCCAUGCGACCUUGAAAAUACAGUUUUUUUUUUAUAGCUUGGAGUCAAAACUCACUUUUGCCACUGGCAAACGUGAGUUUUGAUUCCAAGGGCACUUUUUAACACGAAAUUGUGAAGAACUGGGGCCGAAUUCGGAAAAAUGGAUUCUGUAGGGUGAUAGAGAAAUUGAGGAAGUAUCCGAAUCCGCAAAAAAACGCAUAUCGAUUUUUGGUGGCAAAAGUGAGUUUUGAUUCCAAGCUCCUCAUAUCAACUUCAACAUUUGUGCAUACAUUUUACGGUACCUACUCAAUGUAAUCUAUUUUUGUUUAGGGCGCUAAAUUUUUUUGUGUUUUUCAUUAAAUGAGACUCCAAAUCUAGACACAAGUACUUUACCGUGCAGAAAAUUAAAAAGUAUCACAUCCUAGGGUAAAAUGUAUGUUGAGAAUAUAAGUAGGUAUGACAAAUGUUACCUAAUUAUCUGUAGGUACAUAUGCGAACAUGAAUGAGUUAUCUUCGCGAUAACAUUUCCCCAAAGGUGGUUCAAUAUAUCCGAAUUUUCUUGGGUAUUUAGGUGUUGCAGGUUAAAUGUAGAAGCUAGAAAGCACAUUUUUAAAUUUUACCAUUUUUUUUUUUUUUUUUUUUUUGAGGUAAAAUGUUUACAAGAAUCCUGUAGUUAAACUCAUUUAAAAAUUAAAAUCCAUAAUAUUUCAGAAAGAAGCUGUCAUCAUAACUCUCAUGAAAGUUUGGUAAGAUAUAGUCGAUAGAAUGAUGAACCGGCUUCCUACAGAGUUUUCGAAACUAACUAGCGGAAGUUAGUCCUUGCUCCUUGUGGUCCAAAUUCCCCAUGAAAAAAUUUUAAAUUCCACGAUUUAAUUUUGAUAUAGUAGAUACUCUUAUAUCCCAGCCGUGGAACAUUUCGUCAUUCUUAACUGGGCUAUACUCUUUUGGUAUUGAGGUUGGGUAAACUUUGAGGACGAAUUACGUUUUUUUUCAACGGAUAAUAAAUUUUUAAUUCCAAAUAAAAAUGAAGCUACCUUUUCAAAAUUCGCGUAAAUGGCAGGUAGUUACUUAAAUCGACCUUCCUUGUUAUGAUGUACACAUUUUUAAAUAUUUUACAGGGUUUUAAGAACAUAAAAUUAUAUCUAUUUAUUUUCUUACUUAUUCUUGAUUAAGAUAAUUCAUUCCAUCGUGUAGUAUAUGUAAGUAUUUUUUUAAAAUGGAAAACCCAAUAUUUUAUCAUUUAUCUUAUUCUUCUUGUAAUUAGUUGAUAGAUCAUGCAAAUAAAAUACAUCAUAAUUUUUAUAAGGAUUUGAAAUUUUA